UAACUGAACCCCCUUUUAAAAUAUACAUCACACAUCCCUUAGCCUCUUCAUCGAUCCCACACCCAAAACAGAGAGAUGAGUCAGUGCGUUCCUAGCUGGGACCUCGACCACCAUCCUCUCCACCACCACCCCCGCGCCGCCGACACCCCUCCGGAAUAUGACGUCAUGGAGCUGACGUGGAACGACGUCGGUCACCUCUCCACUCUAGGCCUCCGCAAAUCCAUCCCCCGCAACCCUUCCUCCCCCGCCGCCACCGCCGCCGCCGCUUCCACGGUGGCCACCAAAAGAAACAGCGGCGGCGGCGGAGGAACGCUGGAGUGCAUUGUUGACCAGGCAUGCAGUGGGGCCCACCACUCCGCAUGCGACGCCAUGGUUCCCUGUUCUGACCCCCCCGCAAGAAAGCGGAACAGGGUCUUCGGUGCGAACUGCACGAGUCAGGGGAGCAUGUCUUCGCCGCCUCCGCCGCCUCCGCCGCCUCCGUCGACAGGGAAUGAGGAGGAGGAGGUGGUGGGUUGCGGUGGCGGUGGAGGGUCUCCGGAGGUGGAGAAGGAGAGCUUGGCGGGAAGGUGGCCGUUGGAGGUCGACGAGAAUGAUUCCGUUAGCCGUGCUCUGCGCUCUCGGCGGCGGGAUGGAUCUUCUAAGAGAAGCCGAGAGGCAGCUGUUCACAACCAGUCAGAACGUAAAAGAAGGGACAGAAUCAACCAAAAGAUGAAGGCUCUUCAAAAACUUCUUCCCAAAUCCAACAAGACCGAUAAGGCGUCGAUGCUCGACGAGGUGAUCGAGUAUCUAAAGUUGUUGCAGGCUCAGGUUCAGAUGAUGAGCAGGAUGAGCUCUAUUCCAACGAUGAUGCUACCCAUCGCCAUGCAACAUCAACAACUUCAACUGUCGAUGAUGGCCCACUUGACCCAACUAUCACGAAUGAGCUUGGGCCUAGGCAUUAUGGACCCAAGCUUGCUGAACCCGGUGCCUUCAACGCCAAUUCUCCACCCUUCCAACUUCCUCCUUCCAUCCGCAUUGACCAGUGCUUCGGAUGCAUUGACAACCCAAAUAAUGCAGGAGCCACACCGUUGGGUCCUCCCAGACAUGAUCCCGGCUUUUAUGGGUUGUCCAACACAGCAGCAACCAAUAAGCUUAGAGGCAUACAACAGGUUGGCUGCAUUGUACCAGCAGCUGUAUCAGCAACCUCUUGGAUCCAAUCAGAAGACUUGAUACUUCAUUAAUAGUAUGUGCUUCUAUGUUAAAGUUGUUUGUUUGGGUUACAAUUCCACUUGGGCUUCAUCUGGCUUUUAGAAAUUAAGUUUAGAAAAACAAUUAUGUAAUGACAUGCCAUUUAUUUGGUACUAUCACCUUGGAUGUAAUUAGAAAUGA